AUGUCUCCAUCAAGAUCAAAAGCCAAGGAUAAAAGAGCUUCCGGAAAAGAGCCACUGAAACCUUCUGCAAAACCCACCACCGCUGGUGCUGGCGGCUACAAUCCACUUCUGGGGACCUUCCAUACACUUGAAACCAGCCCAGUUUCUACUGUGCCGCCUGUUAAUGGCCGUUUCCGAGAUAUUGAUGACACCGAUGACCCUAGCGGCAACGCGGUGGGCAUAGGGGUGGACUACGAUUGUCUUUCCAACAAUGGCAGCUGGUCCGGCGAGUCAGAAGAUCCAAAAGACAAAUCUUCUCAGGGCACCGCCUCCCGCCAGGAGGCGGCGGCGGUUUCCGGUGUUGAUAGUGAGAAACGGGAAAAAAUCCGGCAGAAAAAUGAGAAGAAACAUCAACGGCAAAAAGAAAGACGAGCUCAAGAACUCCAUGAUCGAUGCUGUGGUUAUCUAAUGUCAAGAAAACUAGAAGCACUUGCUCAAAAGCUUGUUGCAAUGGGGUUUACUUCAGAACGUGCAACAAUGGCUUUGAUUAUGAAUGAAGGAAGAGUAGAGGAGUCAGUGGCGUGGUUGUUUGAAGGCAGUGAAGAUUCCGGCCACCACAACCUUGAUACUGGUGGUGGUAACUUGAAGGUUGACAUAUCACAGGAGCUUGCUCAAAUUGCUGAAAUGGAAAUCAAAUUCAAAUGCUCAAAACAAGAAGUUGAACGAGCUGUUGUAGCAUGUGAGGGUGACCUUCAACGGGCGGCUGAAAACUUGAUAAAACUCCAGAAACAAGAAUCUCAACCUCCACCACUAAAGUCCACCGAACCUCCGGCGGUUGUUGGCGGUGGCGGUGGUGGUGGUGGUAAACAGUCACUACCCACUCCUCCGAAGGUACAACCGAAACGAACUUUAUCUUCAGGAGCUUUGCCUAUACAGAAACUGGACGACAACUACCCAUCCAUGGCUGCUCCGGCCGGGCGGCUGUUGGCGGAAUCCGGCACCAAAAACAUUCAGUUGCUGAAAAAGGCUCAGCCCCAGCCCAUCUCCGACUGGGUAAAGCCACAACAACCCAUUUCCGCUCCGGAAAAAAGAUGGUCGGUAAAUGGGCUGAGCAUGAGCCCUUCCGGUUCCUUUACAAUGGCGGCACCACCACCACCACCACCACCAGCAGCUUCAAAAAGCGAAAUUCUUGGAAAUGAGUUUAAAGGUUUACAGCUGGGAUCUGUUGUAAUGAUGCAACGACCCCAAUCAAAGCAGAUACCAUUACCAACCACAAGUAUGAGUAUGAGUAUGAGUUCAUCUUUAUCUCCAUCUCCAUCUCCAUCUCCAUCUCCAUCAUCUUCUUCAUCUCAUUUUUCUGAUUGGAAUCCUCCUCAUAUGCCAACCCCAACCACCACAAGAAGCUUUAAUAACACCACAACCUAUGCCAAUGGCAACCAGUUUCAUUAUCAGCACCGCCAACAACCGCCGCCACAGCACUAUGUGCCGACUCCUACUCUGGCGGCUGCUUCUUCUCUAGGGCUGUUUUCCGGGAUGGGCUCAGGCGGAGCUCCGGGCGGCACGACGGGGGCAGGGGAAGGGGCAGGGGCAGGGGCAGGGGCGGGGGCGGCUCAUGUUGAUUGGCAUGGUGACUGGUCCUCGCAGUUUGAUUAUACAAAUAUUGACUGGAGUUUGAAUCGGAUCCCAUCACCGAGCUCGUUGAGACCAAACGGGAUGUGGAUGGGUGGUUCGGGGAGUAAAAUGGCGGUGAGACCGGUGGCGGCUAAUGGGUUGCUGCACCACCAUACUGAUGGGGUUGGGGUUGGGGUGGUUGGUGGUGGUUCGGAGGCGGUGGGUGGUGGUUCUCGGGAAUGGUCGUCUCCGUUUGAGGAGAAGGAUUUGUUUAGUUUACCCAGAAAGUUUGUUUCUUCCCCCACUCUGUAG